GAUUUCAUCGAUCUGCAGCAAUGCAUCACUCCCUUUCUUUACUGUUAGUCAUUAUUGGGCUGCAGGUGAGUGUUCAGUCCACAGGAAGACGUUCUGAAUUCAGAUCGGUGCUGACUGUGCCGAAUGGGAUGAAGUGGGGGUCGUGGGGUUAUCUUGACCUCUGUCCAAAUGGAACAUACGCUGCAGGGUUCAGUCUAAAGGUGUAUAGACCUUCCUCUAAUGCUGGGGAUGAUAACAGAGUACUCACUGGGAUUCGUCUUUACUGUACCAAUGUCUUCAAGGACUCAUAUUUGGACUACAGACAGUCAGUUCAGUCAGAAGUAGACCGCUCCGGUCAGUGGAUAUUUAAUAGACUGGAUGGAUUUUGUUCUUGUGUGUCCUUAUUGACUGCUUUUCAGCUGAGAUUUGAAGACGGCAUGGCCACAAACAUCAAAUUCAACUGCAGUCGAGAGCAAGUGCUAGAGGGUGACGGCAGAAGCAGGGGCGAGUGGAGUGGCUGGAGUCAAAAGUGUGAGGGAAUUGGUAUUUGUGGUAUCAGUACACUGAGAGAAGGGCCACAGGGAAACAGAAACUACAGCGUUCUCAAAAACGUGCGCAUGUAUUGCUGCAGUUAAGGUGAUGCGAUCACAAUCACACUCAGAUGGCAAAGCAACUUCAGGUAAAACACUGUUUGUUUGUUUGUUUGUUUGAUUGAUUGAUUUCACAAUA